CGAUGCACCUUGGUGUCUGAUUGCAUCAACUUAAUUAAACCAGGAUCGAGAAAUGUGUUCAUGGAUGCGGAGCCGUACCAAUUGGAUGCCAUAAGAGAAAAUUUUGAAAAGACCGGUAAAUGCAGCUUGCAGAUUGCCAGGGAUCGCUACCUCACCAUUUUUGCAGUAAUGGCCCUGCAGAAAGACAGUCCCUACACGGAUGCUAUUAACUUGGGGCUGAUGGAACUACUGCAAAGUGGACUGAUUGACUACUGGGAAUUACGGUUCCGCCCGAUGCCCCGUCAGUGUAAAGGCAAAAUCAAAAAUGGAUACACUCCACCGAACAACAAUAAGCAUCCACCACUUUCCCUGAAGAAUUUGACUGCCGCUUUUAUUGUCCUUUCGGUUGGCUUAAGUCUGUCCCUUUUGGCUUUCCUCUGCGAGAAAAUCCUUUUCGUGACACACAGUCACCGUCAUGAAACAUCCAAGAAAAAAUUGUCCCACAAAAUCGCUGGAGAAAAAGCGUAAAUAAUUAGACAAACAUUUAAAAUAAGUUAAAUGUACGA